UGACGUCAUUUCUCACGCCCUCAAAUCAGGAAGUUGUGGCCUGUCGAAGAGCAGAAAGUCUGAAGGGCUUUUUUUCUUUUCUUUUUACCGUUUUGGUCACUGAAGUAACACGAAACACGGUGAACGAUGCUGGUGAAACGUCCUCACACCGUGGCUCCUCUGAGCGCUUUAGAGGGUCUAAAUAAACGCUGCUCUUGUCGUUUUCACUGUGGCAGCGCGACCCGCGGAGCUCUGGCGGUGUCUGUUCGCCGCGCCGCUGCUCUGAGGCGGUGCGGCAGAGCGGAGCUCCCCCCUCCACCUCCGCCAGCGCUGGAGGUGAACGGACAGCGGCUCGGGCUUCGUGAAGAGACCCACAGUUUUCACAAACUGUUCUCGUUCUGCCAGAAAGCGACAACACAUCUGACUUUUGCAGUCGGACCUCCGCUUAAUGGGACGCAGGUUCACUCUGGGGCGGAAAGAGUCUCGUUCAUGAAAGGCCUGCGGCGCCUGCUGUUCAGAGAGUUGAGCACCUCUAUCAAAGCCAUGCAGUACGACCUGGGUAGGACAGACCUCGCGAAGUCUGGCCACAGAAAACUUAUGUUUGAUACACAUGUAAUGUGUCAGCUGAUGGAAGAGAGUGGGUUCACAAGCCAACAGGCUGAGGUUAUCGUCAAGAUGCUGGUCAACACAACCAACUCCAACAUGGAUGUCAUUUAUGGUGACAUGGUCACAAAGACUCAGCAGGAAAUCAUGCUGCAGAAGGUCAUGUCUCACAUCGCUGCAGUGAAAAAGGACAUGAUCAUCUUGGAGAAAAGUGAAUUCUCUGCAUUACUGGCAGAGAAUGAAAGAAUCAAGGUUGAGCUUGGGCAGCUGAAAAUCCAGCUCUUUGAUGUGAUGAACAAAGUACGCUUGGACAACAAGUUGGAUAUGAACUCGGAAAAAAGUCAGGUGAAGGAGAUGAAAGCAGAACAUGAAAAGAAGCUCCUGGAGACAAGGAAUGAAAUGAUGGAGAUGCUUAAUGAGCAAGACCGUCAUGUGUCUCUCAACAACGUGAAAAUCGACACCGAAGUGGCCGGCUUGAAAACCAUGUUGGAGUCUCACAAAUUAGACAGUAUCAAAUAUCUGGCAGGUUCAGUGUUCACGUGUCUCACAGUAGUGCUGGGAUUCUAUCGAAUAUGGAUGUAACUGUGGGAUAUUGAACUUCUCUGCAAACAAAUGACGCAUCUGAACAAAUACCUUAGCAAGACACCAGCAAAGCUAAAAGAACUUAAUCACAGCCAUCUCACAGUUCUUUUGCUUCAUAAGUUGAUAUGGCAUCAGUUGUGUCUGUCAGGCUCUGGCAUUCCUGACUCUGUUUCCAUGUGAUGAACCUUUCAGCACACAUUUCAAUUACUGACAAAUAUUUUUUUCCAUUGCCUUUGUGAUUACAGGAUGCUUAUGUGCAGAGCAAACAGUGUAAAGACCAAGGCUUAUUGUUACUAUAAUGCAGUAAUAAAACUUUUAUCUGAAGUCCAUUACUUUUGAAGAGCAACAUGAAAGCAAUGUUUUUUUUUCCAUAUAUGAAAUUACAUAGAAGGUAUGCACUAUCAAAAUGUGUUCAAAAAUUUUUAAUGUCAUCUUUGGAACCACAGUUAUGCUGCCUAUGUUAUGCCUUGUUAUGCUGCCUAGGUGGCUCCCAGCUGUGGUACUGAUUUUAGUAAAAGGCCUGGUUAUUGUGUUAUAAUAAACAUGACAAAAUA